UGGUGAGCGUCGUGAGAUGAUGAAAUGCGAUGCAGCCAGCUCCACGUCUCUCCAUCACUGUUUGCUUGGUGGGAGAAAGAGACUUUCAAAACUCAAAAGUUGAAAAACACAUAGAGCAAUAAUAAAACUGUAAUAGCAUUAACCAAAAAUAAACUUUCAAACAAAAAUGAUGAGAAACAAAGAACAAACUCUCAUCUUCCCUUCUCACACCCCCUUCUCAGAAGACCACACCCUCCCCCUCUCCCACCUCGACACCGAUCGUAACCUCCACCUAACCAUCCGCUACCUCCGCGCUUACACCGCCACAACCACCACAACAACCAUCGCCCACCAUAACAACCCCUUCCACGUCAUCUCCUCCUCCCUCUCACAAACACUCCCUCACUACUACCCACUCGCCGCCACACUCCGCCACCGCAAACACCCUAACAACCGCCUCGAACUCUUCUGCACCGCCAACCAAGGCAUCCCUCUUAUCCACACCACCGUAGACUUCACUCUCGACUCCAUAAACUACCUCGAUGACCCAUCUUCGCCUUUCCUCGAACAAUUGGUGCCCGACCCGGAACCCGAAGAGGGUAUGAAUCACCCAUGUAUGCUUCAGCUAACGGUUUUCAAGUGCGGCGGGUUCACUCUCGGUGCAGCGAUUCAUCACUCGCUGUGCGACGGGAUGGGUGGGACUCUGUUUUUUGUUGGUGAUUUUAGUAUCAUCAAUGCAUUUUGGUAGUAAUGUGAUUUACUAUAGGCCAAUGCAAUUAUGCGUUAAGUUUGAAACGAGUUAGGGUAGUGCGGAGUGCACGCUCGUCGAACCAAACGCGUAAUUGAAUAUGAAUAAUAGAAACGGGCAUAACGUUUCGUUUGAAUAGUUGCACCCGUUCCAACAGACAUAACUGUUUCCGAAGAGGUGUGUCUGUUCGCUUAUAUUAUUGGUCUCCUAUAUAAGGAGUCUUUUGGUCUCGAUUUGGAACACGAAAUUACAUACUUCUUCUCUACAUUCUAAUCUGUUCUCCAUUGUCAGAAACAGAUUGUUCUUCAAGAAUUAUCCCCGCAAAGAUUUCGUGAACCCAGACAAAGAAUAGGGUCGAAAUACUUUGUUCGGAAAGUGAACAAACACGAUUCUUGAAGAUAUCCAGGAUUAUCAUACCGUAUAUCUAACAAACGAACAAAGUAUUUUCUGAUAAUCAUGGCUGGAGGAGGAAGCACCGUGAAGAAGAUGACUAAAAGUUUCAGAAAAUUGGACAAGUUUCAAGGACAAUUUACAUAUGGUGAACACACGAAAAAUAUACAUGGUACUGUUUUUAUAAUUUCUCAUAAAUUGCAAAUUGAUUACAGAUAUGAUGUGCUUUUGAUAAGGAUUAUUUAAUUUAAUAAUAAUUUAAAUUUCAUCUAUUCAAUUGCAUAUGUUUUAUGUAACAUAUGAAAGGUUGUGUUGUUACCCCACGACAGAUAGUUUACUUUUCAUACCACUUCGAAACUUUUGAUACAUGUCGUUGUGAAUGUUUAAACUUGUAACGUUAACCUUGAGAACACAAAGAAAUUAUUGUAUUUUAUUGUUACAACGUGUUGUUUGAAUUUCAUUCUGGAAAAGUGCAUCCCUUAGUGAACCAAUACAUAAGAAUACUUGUGUUAUGGAUGAAGAAAUUAGAUGUAAUGAGAUGAGUUUAGAGUUUUGAAAAUAUAAUUAUUAUAAGUGGAAUUUUGAGUCACACUGUACAAUACAGUCUCAUCGAGAGCAAUCCAUCUUAUGCUUACACACAUUUCAUAGAAAUAUUUUUGGAAAUAUGCAUAUAAUAUUUAGGCAAUAAACAUAAUUUAUGUAAGAUCUAUUAUUUCUUGUCCUUUCCACAUUACAUCUAUGGUUGUUUGUAAUUUUGUCACUUAAUAAUGCGGUUGAACCCAGUGAGGCUCACAUUGCCUUUGUCCUCAUUAUCUGACAAUGAAAUUAAGGAAUUUAUUCCGAUGUACUUCACUGCACUUGUUCUCUAAGACAUCGAACAUAUUAAUAAAUUAAAAGUUAUAAUGUUAAAUUAUGCAAUUAAAUUAUGAUGUAUAUGUUAUGUCAAUUGUUUGUGUUUUUAUGAAUCUUAUUAUUAUAAGACAUAUAGAGAUUAUUUAAAGAUGAUUUAUAACGAGAUGUAUAAUUUUGAGAAUCUUAUCGUGGAGGAUAAGGAAUUCGACAUUCAUACAAAUAUGAACCUUGUGAAGAAAUUUCUCCAUGGAGUGUUGAAACGCAAACUCAAAGUUCGUCAAUAAUCGAACUUAGAAUAAGCAGAAAGUCUAAAAAGCUAAGGAUCUAGGACCGAAUAAAAUCGAUUUUCGGCAUUUUUCUUGUGUCCGGUAAAAGAUAAAUGUGAGAAUUUUGUUCGUAAUAUUCAUAUUAUCCUUCGAGUGGAAGUUGAUCCUAAAGAGUUACAAUGAAGAUGUAAUUUCAAGGGACUUCUCUUGGAAUGAUGUUAUCCAAGAUGAAAUGGAAUCAACAAUGUCAAAUCAUACUUGGUUGGAUGCAAGUGAGUGUUUAGAAGGAAGUAUCAUAAAGAUGGUACACUAAACACCUACAAGUCUAGAUUAAUAGCCAAGUGUUUAGACAAGGAAUGUGUUAAUUAUUUAAACACAUAUGCACUAGUAGCAAGGACGGCAACAAUUAGAGUAUUGUUUGCAUUAGUUUUUGCAUGAACUUAUAGUUCAUCAAAAGGAUGUCAAAAUGACAUUCCUAAAAUGGAGAUCUCGAUGAGGAGAUUUACAUGGAAAAAACAGAAGGUUAUAUACUUUCUACUGAUGAACAAAAAGGUGUACAAGCUUGUUAAAACCUUGUAUGGAUUAAAACAAGCACCAAAAUAAUGGCAUUAAAAGUUUGACUUUGUCAUUGUAAGAUUCUCCGAUUAAGGAGGAAACUUAAAAUUAAAGAGGAGACACACAAGUUAGGGGGAGAAUUCUCAAUCUUAUCAAAACAAGAAUUCAAAGAGUAUGUCAUCAUCAAAAAGGGGGAUAUUGUGAAAAAUAUAUCUUAUAUCUAAUUUUGAUGAAGACAAAGGUUAUCAAAGAGGAAAAGGGAUCAAAAGUUUCAUGCACAUCAAUGAUGAAGUUGAUCAAGAAGGUUGAACAUAGAAAUUCAAGUGAAGAUUUGAGAGAAGUGAACAUAACCAAGGUACUCAUUGCAAUUUAUAUUAUACUAUUUUAAAUUGCUCUUAAUUUCAUCUCUUACUUCAUCUGAAAACCUUCUUGCAUCAUCAUGCAUGAUUAUCUAAAUAUAUUUCUUCAUCUAAUUCUUGUGACAAGUGUUUCUACAUAAAGUUGAUGACAUGUUGAUCUUUGGCACCGACCAAAAUCAAGUUGAUAAAACAAAGAAUUUCUUGUCGUCAAAGUUCUCCAUGAAAGAUAUGGGAGAAGCAGAUGUUAUUCUUGGUAUUAAGAUUAAACGGGAGAAUAGGGGGAUUGUAAUUAUGCAAUCUCAUUACAUUGAGAAAAUACUUAAGAAGUUCAAUUAUGGAAAUUGUUCUCCAGUAAAGUACUCCCAUGGAUCCAGGAGAAAAGCUUAUGCCAAAUACAGGUAAACCUAUGGAUCAACUCGAAUACUCAAGAGCUAUAGGCUCUUUGAUGUAUGCUAUGAUUAGCACUAGACCGGAUAUUGCUUAUGCGGUUGGAAAGUUGAGCAGAUUUACUAGUAAUCCUAGUAGACAUCAUUGGCAUGCAAUAACUAGGCUAUUCAAGUACUUAAAGGGUACUAUGAAUUAUGGAUUGUCAUAUAUGGGAUUUCCUUCGGUGUUAGAAGGUUAUACGGAUGCUAGUUGGAUAAAUAAUGUUGAAGAUUCAUCCUCUACAAGUGGAUGGAUGUUCUUGCUUGGGGGAGGUGCCAUCUCAUGGGCUUCCAAAAAGCAAACAUGUAUAACUAGUUCCACAAUGGAAUCUGAGUUUGUAGCAUUGGCUGCUGUUGGUAAAGAAGCAGAAUGGCUAAGGAACUUGGUAUAUGAGAUUCCGAUAUGGCCUAAACCGAUAUCACCAAUUUCUAUCCGUUGUGAUAGCAGUGCCACACUGGCUAAAGCGAAUAGUCAAAUAUACAAUGGAAAGUCUAGACAUUUGGGUAUUAGACAUAGUAUGAUUAGGGAAUUAAUCAUGAAUGGGGUGAUAUCUAUUAAGUUUGUUCGGUCGCAACAAAACUUAGCUGACCACUUGACGAAGGGGUUAGCAAGAGACUUAGUGAAGAAGUCGGUAAUUGGGAUGAGAUUAAAGUCCAUUUAAAUCUAUUAGUUAUGGUAUACCCAAUUCCCUUCUAAUACAACGUUAGAAGCAGAAUUCAAUGUGGAAAGAUCAUAGUUAAAGAUUGGAGCAAUUGUGUUUAUCUUCCCAAGGUAUGUGCUCAGACCUGCAAGUGAUGGCUAGGUUGAAGUAUAUCUUCUUAAUGGUUCUUUUGAAAAAUUGCAAAUGCAGGUGCAAGAUUAAAAGGAUCACCUAUGUGAGCAUGAAGUUUUGCCGCUUCAAGAAGCUUGGACUUGGCUUCCUAUAUGCUUAUUAAUGGAUAAGGACACAUGGCUUGUAAAGUGUCAAGUAUGAAUAGUAGAGUAUUGUAAGAAACAUAUGUGUACUAUAUCUUUAAAUAUUCAAAUGGAUUGACGGGUUCAAUCAUUAUGACACCCCGAUUUUCGAAUAUUUGGAAUGUGUAUUUGUACUAAGAUGAAAAUUCAAUCGUAAGACAUUUUCUUCUAUGCAUUUGUUUGAUCGUUAUACCUGUAAAGUAAAUCAAGGAUUAUACUAAAAUGGGGGGAGUUUGUUGGUGAUUUUAGUAUCAUCAAUGCAUUUUGGUAGUAAUGUGAUUUACUAUAGGCCAAUGCAAUUAUGCGUUAAGUUUGAAACGAGUUAGGGUAGUGCGGAGUGCACGCUCGUCGAACCAAACGCGUAAUUGAAUAUGAAUAAUAGAAACGGGCAUAACGUUUCGUUUGAAUAGUUGCACCCGUUCCAACAGACAUAACUGUUUCCGAAGAGGUGUGUCUGUUCGCUUAUAUUAUUGGUCUCCUAUAUAAGGAGUCUUUUGGUCUCGAUUUGGAACACGAAAUUACAUACUUCUUCUCUACAUUCUAAUCUGUUCUCCAUUGUCAGAAACAGAUUGUUCUUCAAGAAUUAUCCCCGCAAAGAUUUCGUGAACCCAGACAAAGAAUAGGGUCGAAAUACUUUGUUCGGAAAGUGAACAAACACGAUUCUUGAAGAUAUCCAGGAUUAUCAUACCAUUUCUCUAACAUUUUUUAACUCGGUCGCUGAGUUGGCUCGUGGGUCGACUCGGAUAACAGUGGAGCCUGUAUGGGAUCGAGAGAAGUUGUUGGCUCCCAGAGAUCCGCCUCGAGUGGAUUCACCUUUGAUAAAAGAGUUUCUGAGUUUGGACAAAGAAUUUUCACCGUAUAAAGAGAAUGUUGGUCGUGUUGUACGAGAAUGUUUUCACGUGAGGGAUGAGUGCUUAGAGAAUUUCAAAAGAUCAUUGUUUGAUCAAUGUGGAUUCAAAUUCACCACUUUUGAAGCUCUUGGUGCUUACAUUUGGAGAUCCAAGGUAAGGGCUUCAGGAGUGGAGGACAAUGAGAAGGUUAAAUUUGCAUACUCAAUUAAUAUAAGAAGAUUAGUAAAGCCAGCACUACCUAAUGGAUAUUGGGGAAAUGGUUGUGUUCCAAUGUAUGUUCAAUUGAGGGCCAAAGAUUUGAUAGAGAGGCCCAUUUGGGAAACAGCAGAGCUGAUAAGAAAGAGUAAAAGCAAUGUUUCUGAUGAGUAUGUUCGUUCAUUUAUUGAUUAUCAAGAGCUGCAUUUCGGUGAUGGGAUCACGGCGGGGAAAUGGGUGAGUGGGUUCACUGAUUGGAGACACUUGGGUCAUUCUACUGUUGAUUUCGGGUGAGGUGGUCCUGUUACUGUUUUGCCACUCGGAAGAAACUUGCUUGGGAGUGUUGAACCUUGUUUCUUCUUGCCUUAUUCGACUGCGAGUGCAGAGAAAAAGGAUGGGUUUAAGGUUUUGGUGACUUUGAAUGAGGCAGCUUUGCCUGCUUUUAGGGAAGACAUGCAAGUGUUUGCCGGAGCCAAGAGGCAGCGCUUUUGCCGCGCAUUUGAUGGUAUGAACCAUUGAUUUUAUGUGAACUAAUAAAGAUGAGUUUAGACCUCAGGUAUUAUAAGGCAUAUGCUGUAAGAAAUAGGUUUAGGAUAUCAAUAGGCAAAUACUGCAUCACUUAAAUUCUCAUUUUGGGGUGGUUGUAUCACGAGAGUAUAUUGUUGUGUAAAGUUUUGUCUUCUAUAAGUCUAUAACCAAAAUUCAUCUAUUCUAAGUGUUGAGAAGUUUGAUCAUUAUGGUUUGAAUUUGUACUUCAAUACUCUAGUAAUUUAUAGGAUAUGUCUUGAUUAUGUUGCCUAAAGUUUUAAUCUGCAAUAUAAAUUAAAUUUCAUCCAUCAGCAGAUUGCCCUUAAAUGAAGAGUGACAAAGACGUAGCUGAUAAAUGAUGAAAAUGUCUAUGAGUGCUCUAUUGUUGGGUUAACGUAUUGAUUCAAUGAAAAAAUUAAGUAGUUACUCCCUCUUCUAACUUAUGAAUUACUUUACGAUUUCAAUUCAAUAUUAGUGAUAUUUUUAACUAUAUUAUUUAUUAUUUAUUAUUACUAAUAUUUUUAUUUGUGCAAUGCACAAGACAAAUUAAGAAGAGAUAUUGUAUUUUUAUAAAUGUAAAAAUAAAAAAGUUAUAUUUUAUAUGUUAUGAAUAUAAAAAUAACAAUUGAUU